CCGGGGCUGUGUACAGCGGUGCUGGGUGGUGGACGGUGACCGGCGCAGAGAUGUGGUGCUGCGUCGCGCUCCUCACGCUUCUGGCCGCCACCUCCGGGGGCGCGUCGCAGCUGGCUGAGGACGAGCAGCUGGUGUACCCGGAGGAGCAGGCUCUCUACCCUCUGGACGUACAGAUCACCUCCAGCUCACAGCAGCUGACAGUCCAGGAGGGUGACAACGUCCGGCUGCCCUGCCAGUGGGAGGGCACAGUUUCUGACGUCGUCGUACUAUGGAAGAAGCUGCCAAGCAUGAUACUGUUCACGGACGUGAUCAAGAUGUCCGUGGACAAUCGAAUAAAGCUGGGCAACAACAACGAGCUCCUCAUCGAAGGUGUCAAAGCUGAGGAUAACGGCACGUACGUGUGCGCGUUGACGCUGUACCCGGACCCGCUGGAGCUGCAUCACACCGUCACCGUGCAGAGACCGGCCAAGCUGCACCCGAUGGACAGGGACCACUUCCAGGUGCCGGAGGGGGACAGUUUCGAGCUGGUGUGCCAGGCGGAUGGCGUACCGCGUCCCACCGUCUCUUGGUCCAAACUGCGUGUUGAGGAUACCGAAGGACCCUAUUUUGACAACGGAGAUUUUCUAGCGACAACUAGUUUACCAGAGGGCGACGACCUGGUGUUUUUGCAGGAGGACUCGUCCCGCGGCGUGGCGUUCACCAUUGACAGAGUGGAGCCACACGACACGGGCACGUACACGUGCACGGCUCAGAACGGGAUUGGUCCGCCGGACGUGCUCACCACGCGGCUCGAGGUGGUCCAUGCGCCGCACAUCUCGGUGGAGCAGGCCGUCGUCCGUACGGCGCGCGGCCUCACGGCAGAGCUGGCCUGCAAGGUGUUCGCCAACCCGCGUGCUGAGACAACCUGGCAAAAGAACGGCCUGGACCUUCCCGUGAGUUCGAGGUACGAGACGACAGUCUCGCGCCGCUUCUUCUCUCUGAAGAUCCGUGAUGUGAGGGACGAAGACCUCGGCAAUUACACGUGCAAAGCGAAAAACAAGCACGGUCGCAGCGAACACCACCUCACGCUCACGGGGUUGCCGGGUAGCCCCGAAUUGCGACUGAGCAAGCCGGAACGGACAGCGGCCGGUAGCUUGAGCAGCCGCCUCUCCUGGGAGCUGAUGAGCUUCUCUGCACUGGAGGAGACUGUGGUCACCCUCGUGCAGCUGGACCCGGCCGGUCCUGAGCCCCGGGAGGUCCGGCUGCCGGGUGUGUCCUCCCGUUCAGUGGCCAAGAGCGGGCAGCACCAGCUGACGCCGCUGCAGGAGAACACAACGUACCAGGUGCAGGUGGAGGCGCGCAACCAGUACGGCUGGACGCCGCCGACCUCCUUGUUCUUCAGCAUCUCGGCUGGCGAGCUGAUCCUCACGCAAGAGCCUCCCCGCCCGGCUGAGUCCACGUCCGGCGCGUCAACGGUGGGGCGGCUAAAGCUGGUGCCCAUCAUGCUCAUCGUGUCGCUGUCGUGUUUUUUCUAGUGAUUACCUAUGAGACGAAACAUCCCUUCAGUCGUUCGGUCGGGAAGAGAAUCCUGUGCCACGUCAGCGCCCACGUCCUCUUCAUCGAGGAGAUGUGACGUCACGUCACGUCCGCGGCACCGGUGACGUUCUCGCCUCGCACUGACCGCGAGAUGGGACUCGUGCCGGCGCUGCCUGGAACCAGAGCCCGCGGCGAAGCGGGGCGUUCUCCGUCUCUGGCCACGCCCACAGCCCGGCCCGUUCAAUCAUCGUCCUGCCGUCCUGCGGCCGUUGCCGGGGCAACGGGCAGAGAGCACGCGCGCGAUCGCCGCGGUGGCUCUCUUGCGACCACAUAGGUGAAAGAGACAAUUACGACGUAGGCACUGUGAUGCUGUCUUUUGUUGAGGCGCUGUACGAACGAUCGGAUGUUCGCCUUUGCUUGUGGUGUAUGCUUAUUUUUGUGCGGUGAUUUGUUCAGAAAGCGAGCGUGUUCGUUGUUUUCGAAUGCUUGUGACACUGCCCUGGUCAACCUCUCACGCAGAGUCCUUACGAUUUGCGCCUACCUGUGAGCAGAUCCGAGCUUUGUGAGCGUAAUCGAGAACAUGAUUCGUCAGAUCAGAAAUAAAGUAACUAGAGCCAAAAGCGCGAACAAUGAAAAGAUCCCCAUUUACUGCGCAUGGUACCCAGCCCGUACUAUUCAGCUUUGUUAAAGUGCAAGUGAUUAAGGACAUGGAACCAGUGACAAUCGCCGAGGGCUACUGUUUGGCCGCGGUAGCGAGGUCACUCCACUGAAACAGCGAGUAGCCGCUUCAGUGCGGGCGCGGAUUCGUCGAUCCAUCGUUGAGCGGAGAUCUCGUGCGUGCAGACACGCCCCAAUAUCAGCAGCGACGGUGCUAAAUCCCGAAAUGAGCAGUAACUGGAUGGCCAUAAAUAUAAAACAGCAAC